AGCUCAAAGUUUAAAAAGUUAACCUUAGUCAUUGAUUGACACAAUUCAAUUUUAAGAUACUUGACGUAACAUUAUGUUUCAAUGAAGAUUCAAAGGUGCAUAAUGUGCUGUCAUAAUAGAACAGACGAUCUUGUUGAACUUGAAAAUACCGAAGUACGAUACUGCUGGGUUACAUGUAAUUUUGAAUGAAUGUUAAAGUGGUCUGGUUGCUGAGGAAUAAAAGAGGAUGAAGUUCUAUGUGCAUGCAGAAGAUCCACCAUUCACCAUGGUUAUUAGAUGGAAUGAAAAUGACGACAAAUGUAUGCAGAAUCUUGUAGAUAUUUUCUGGAGCAAUUUCAAAUCAAAAUACCCAGAUGUGGAGGAAACAAUUGAUAAAUCAACAGUUGAAGUAUGGAAAGGGAGGAAGUCAUUAGACUUGACUAGCAAAGUUUUGGAAAAGGUGAAGAAUAUGGAUGACAUAUAUAUAAAGUGGAUGACAAAACCACAUGAGAAAGACAAGAGAGAACAAAAUGUAGAGAACUUGCCAUCAGAAACCGUUGAACCAUCAAGUAGGGAGAAUUCAAUAAAUGCAGAUAAUGUAUCUGAAAAGGACCACUCCUUAAAUAAAAUGGAUUCUUUGUACUCGGUGAAAGAUUUACUAGAAUUAGCUACCGCCUUGUCUUCCAAAGGCCGAAUUCAGCAUGCCAUUGUUUUAAACACUGAUAUCCUUAAGAAAGAACCUAACAAUCAAUCAGCUAUCAAUGGCAUUGCUGACUGCUAUCUGCAGGCUGGGAGACCCAAUAAAGCACUAUCAUAUUUAAAACAAGGACAGAAAGUAAAUGACACAACUUUCAGACUUGGACAAUGCUACGUUAAGCUGGGGGAGUUUGAUAAGGCUAUAGAAACAUUGAUGGGGUAUUGUAAGGAAUUGCGGAAUAGAGGGGGGACUUCAGCAGCUCAUAAACAGGAUGUCCAGGUAUGGCUUGCAAGAGGAUAUGUUGGGAAAGGGCAAACAGAUAUGGCUCUAGUAGUUUUACAGGGUGUAUUGAGGGAAAACCAGGAACACUUGGAUGCCUUGACAGAGUAUGCUCCCCUGAUUUUUCCUCUGGGUCCUAAACAAAAGGAGGAAGCCAUGACCAUCAUGCUGACAGUGCUAGUCAACAAACGAGAUGAUAAUUAUGUGAAAGAAAAAUUUGCCUAUUUAUGUCAACAAGAACAUGGAAUGCAGGUGUUAGAGAGCAUGUCAGGUCAAGCUUGGAGGGAUGUCCCAGCUGUUGUUUUUAUGGCAACUAGCCUCCGGGAUGUUGGAGCCAUUGAGCAUGCUGAAGCAUUAUUGAAGCAUGCUUAUAUGCUGCAGCCAGAAAAUCCACACACAUUGUUAACUUACGUUCAUACUCUAGAGCUGGUAGAAAAACAUACAGAAGCCGUCCAAGAAAUUGUUACCUUUAUAACUCGUUGGCCAGAUAAAGAAAUAGGGAACUUCAAGAUUGGAGCCCUUCUGCCAAUCAUGAAGCACUUCCACGGUGAUGUAUACCUUAAUGUUCCAGAAACAGAUUUGCCCAGUAAUUCAGUUUCCAUAGUAACUAAUUCUGAGCCUUAUCCUGAGGAUGUGAACUAUCUACUGGCAGUUAUUUUUACUCUGGUCAAGAUCCUGUUCAUCAAAGGAGCUUUAGCCUUCAUAAAACCCAUCACUAGUUUGAUAGAUCCACUAACAAAGGGACAUGAACUCCACAAAACAAACAUAAGAAAUGAAGCUGCUUACUUCUCCUGUAUUAACCAGUUGCAGGAAGUGAGAGUCAAGGUCAACCAUGUAGUUUCCCGAGAUCAUUAUGUAUACUUUAUAGGAGACAGCCAUUGUGUUCCACCAGCAUGGCAGCCCAUACAGUUCAAGGGAGAAGACAAGAUUAUCCACCCAAUCUUGUCCACUGGGACAAAAAUCUGGCAUCUACGAGAGGAGAGCACAUUUUAUCCUAAACACAACUUUAAUUCAGCAAUAAGCAAUAUUCCCGAUGGUGCAACUACAGUGUUUUGUUUUGGAGAGAUCGACUGCAGAGAAGCUCUACUGCUAUGUGUGGAAAAAGCCAAAUAUGACAGUUUGGAGGAAGGAAUGGACAGGGUGAUAGAAAUUUACAUUGAUCUGUUGACAAGGUUACAGAGUCUCCAUCACUGGGACGUUUAUGUACACCCGGUGUUACCAGUACUAGAUCUAACCAGGGAUGUUGUUAUGCAGUUUAACCAGAGAAUGAUGAAAAAAUUGUCCAAGACCAGUUUGAAAUGGCUAGAUUUUGUGGACAGUCUGCUGACUAAGGAAAAUGGAGACUUAAAGCUAAAGAAGCAGUAUGUGUUUGAUGGUACACAUGUCCAUCCUUGUUACCUGGAAGUUUUACAGAAAUCUCUACAGAAAUGGGUCUGACCUGUUUCCUGGAAGUUUUACAGAAAUCUCUACAGAGAAGGACCUGACCUGUUACCUGGCAGUACUAGGGAAAUCCUCUAUAGCAAUGGGUCUGACUUGAAGUUUUAAGAGAAAUGGUCUGACUUGCGUGGUGAGAUGGAAAAUCCUCAGAUCUGUUGAAGAAGGGAAUGAAGUCCCAUUGUAUCUUACCUGAUAUGUGAAAUCCUUGCAUGUUUAUUUAAUCAAUUUUAAAGUGUAAGGGACAUUUUAUUUAUAAACCUUUAACAAUAGGUUGUGCCAUAUACAUAUCCCUCUGAAGGAUUAGUACCAGUAUUUUAUCUAGCAAUCCUAAUUAAGGUCUUCCUAAUGUACUAGCUACAGUAUACAUGGAAAUUCAUAUAAAAUAGAUGCCAUGAUCUCUGUGCUAUCAUAUACAUGUUUUUUCCUAUUAUAUGUUUUGUAUCUUGCUAUUAAUUUUAUCUUGAGUUAGAAACUAUUUUUUAUCAUGUCAUAUCAUUGACUUUGUUUGAAUGAUAUACCUUUACUGUAAUACAUACAU